ACCACUGCCUCCGACGGCAGUGAGUUCCACAGUUUAACUAUGCAUUGUGUGAACAAGAACUUCCUUUUGUCUAUCCUGAAUCUGAAUGAUGACCUUCUGCAGUUUCCCUUCUGGGCCACACAUGGCUUGCAAGAUGGAAGCCUCUUGCCUGGAGGUGGCCCUGGAAGGAGAGCGUUUGUGCAAAGCCGGGGAUUUCAAAGCUGGGGUGGCCUUCUUUGAAGCAGCUGUUCAGGUGGGAACAGAGGACCUGAAGACACUCAGUGCCAUCUAUAGCCAGCUGGGCAACGCCUACUUCUACCUGAAGGAGUAUUCCAAGGCUCUGGAAUACCACAAACAUGAUCUCACCCUAGCUAGGACCACUGGGGACCGCAUCGGAGAAGCCAAAGCCAGUGGCAACCUGGGAAAUACGCUAAAGAUCCUCGGGCAGUUUGAUGAGGCCCUGGUCUGUUGCCAGAGGCACCUGGACAUCUCCCAGGAGCUGGGAGACAAGGUUGGAGAGGCAAGGGCGUUGUACAACAUUGGGAACGUCUACCACGCUAAAGGGAAGCAGCUGUCUUGGAGCUUGCCCCAGGAGCCUAACCACUUGCCCGAGGAAGUCCAAGAGAGUUUGGAGAAGGCAUCCGAAUUUUAUGAGAAGAACCUCUCUCUUGUGAAGGAGCUGGGGGACAGAGCUGCCCAAGGCCGGGCAUAUGGCAACCUAGGCAACAGCCACUACUUGCUGGGCAACUUCAGCAAAGCCAUCAUCUUCCACAAACAGCGCCUGGCCAUCGCCAAGGAGUUUGGCGACAAAGCGGCAGAAAGGAGAGCCCACAGCAAUUUGGGGAAUGCCCACAUCUUCUUGGGGAGGUUCGACAUCGCUGCAGAGUACUACAAGAAGACACUGCAGCUCUCCAGGCAGCUGAAGGACCAAGCAGUGGAGGCUCAAUCCUGCUACAGCCUGGGGAACACCUACACCCUCCUGCAGGACUACGAGAAGGCCAUCGAUUAUCACCUGAAACACCUGGCCAUCGCCCAGGAACUGGGAGACAGAGUGGGAGAAGGAAGAGCUUGCUGGAGCCUGGAAAAUGCCUACAUCUCUCUCGGAAACCGUGAACAAGCCUUAUACUUUGCAGAGAAACACCUUGAAAUCUCCCAAGAAGUCGGAGAUCAGGGUGGGGAGGCCACGGCCUGCUUGAAUGUGGCAAAGCUGAGGGCAGUCCUGGGCUUGAAGCAGAACGGAGAGGAUUUGGAGACCCCCGUGGCAGGAACCGGUUACGAAGAGCAGGGGGCAAGGCCCAAGAGGAUCCAGAGGAACCGCAUGAGCAGCCUUGAGCUCCUGAGAUUCUCAUCAGAAAAGGACCAGAACGGAGACGUAGAGAUCCCUGGGAAAGAAUUCAUGUCGCUGCCAGUCAGAUCCAAGAAACACAGGGGAAGCCAGUCCAUCCCAGACAGGAAGAUUCCACCACCCAGUGAAUCCCCGCUGGAAACCAGUGACGUACGGGUUCAGCUGUCCCAACUGAAAAUCAAGCGGGCGCCUUCGGACGAGGAGUGCUUCUUUGAGCUGCUGAGCAAAUUCCAGAGCAACCGGAUGGAUGACCAACGCUGUCCCUUGGAGGAAGGCCAGAAGGAGGCUGAAGAAGCUACAGUGGCCACCCUGGUGCCUGCCCUGGAGGAGAGGACCUCCCAGUCCUCAAUGGCCUCCCCACAGACUGAGGAGCUCUUCGACCUCAUCGCCAGCUCCCAGAGCCGGCGGCUGGACGACCAGCGGGCCAGCGUGGGUAGCCUGCCAGGCCUGCGCAUUACCCCCAACAACCUCAGCCACCUCCGCAGGGAAGGCGGCACACAGCAGGAGCCAGGCGACGAGUUCUUCAACAUGCUCAUGAAGUGCCAGUCCUCUCGCAUCGAUGACCAGCGCUGCGCAGCCCCCGAUGCCACCCCACGUGGUCCCACUGUGCCAGAUGAAGAUUUCUUCAGCCUCAUUCAGAGGGCCCAGGCCAAGCGCAUUGACGAGCAGAGGGUGGACCUGGCCUUGGGUGAAGAGGAAGCCGAAGAAGAUGAAGCACAGCCCAGUCCCAGCUAAGACCGGUCCCCUGUGCAGGGUCUGGACUGAGCCCUAGUGCUGUGAGGACGCAGGCGCUGGGGGGG